GAUUUGAGUAAGUAGUCAUAAGGAAACUUAUUUCAUUAUUAGAAGUCUUCUAGCAUGUAUUUAUAGGGGUGUGUAUUCCCCAUUCUAACAUAGAUUUAUAAACCUUCUAUUCACUUUCAUACAAUAUAUAUUUUCUCAUUCCUUGAUUCUUCAUCUUUGCUUCCGCCUAACUGGCGGGUGGGGGCUAGGCAUUUGGAUCUUUCAAAUUCAACGUUGGAGAAUCCAUUUAUUAACCAAUUCACCAAAUUUGGAGAAAUAGAAAGACGCAACGCGUGUGAACAGUGGAUAAAGACGUCAUACCCUUCCAACAACAUUUAAACCCCCUUUUGCCCCUUUCUUUUCUUAUUCCUCAUCGCUUCUCUCUAUAUGCGUGCUCCAGCUUCUAUCUCCACCGCUUCAAGCACUAGAUCUAAUCCCCCAUCGCCUUCUCCAUUGUUGUAGCCUAUAUCUCCAACAACGCAGCCUCCAUCUCCGAUAGCCUCUCAUCCUCUAGUUCAAAGAAUGUCAACACAACGGGCUUUCUAAAAUCUUUAGUAGACUCUUGUCCAACUCUAAAUCAGAAGCAAGCUUCUACUUCAUCCAACAAUGUCGGACAUACCACUGGAAAUUGUCACUGAGUUUCUGUCCCGAGUUCCGGCACGGCCUCUGCUACGCUUAAGGUGCGUAUCAAAAUCAUGGCGUGAGAUAAUAGACAGCCCGGACUUCAUCAAAUUGCAUCUGAAUCGAGCCCUCCAAACCAACUCUGAUCGGAAGCUCAUCCUCCCCUCAGAUUGCCACCUUUACGUUGCGGACUUUGAUGAGCUCGAACAGACAAACACAGCCGUAUAUACAGCGCUUGACCUGCCCCACAAGCGCGCGUUUGGAACUAUUAUUCUGGGGUCUUGCCACGGGCUGCUGUGCAUGGAUACCUGCGACGAUGGAGAUAGGAUGGUGCUGUGGAAUCCAGCAACCCAGAAAUACUUCCGUUUUCCCUUCCCGGAGGUUGAAUACUUGGGAGAAUCAGUCAUUUGUAUCUGGUGCUUGGUGUUCGGGUUUGGGUAUGAUAAAGUGGGUGAUGAUUAUAAGGUAUUGAGAAUCUUCCAGUCCCAUGAAUGUGAGAGUGAAACCAGAGUUUAUAGUCUGAAAUCGAAUUCUUGGAAGAAAAUUCCUUGCUUUCCUUACUGUCUGAAGUAUAAAAGAUCCAAUGGAGUCCUGGUUGCAGGUGCUUUGCAUUGGGUUGUAAGCAGAACCGCACAGUUAUACAUGGAGAAUCUGAUAGGUGCUUUCGAUCUUGGGACUGAGGAGUACAGACUGGUUCCUGAGCCAAAUUACUCCAAAGGAGCAGUGUAUGUGACUGUGGGUGUGUUAGGGGAAUCCCUCUGUGUGGUCUGCAACUAUUAUGAUUCAUCAUAUGUUGACAUCUGGGUCAUGAAGAGCUAUGGAGUGAAAGAGUCUUGGACUAAGCUGUUCACAAUUACAGAAUCAGAAGUGAGCGGCAAACAUCUUGAGUUUGUGACGCCAUUGGCAUUCUCCAAGAGUGGAAGGGAAGUGUUUAUGGUACUAAAUGGUAAACAGCUUCUUCGGUAUGAUAUAGAACAGAGAAAGGUUAGGGAUUCAGCAUUCCGCAUCCCCAGUGUGCCAGCCAUUAUGAUGCACCAGAUGUGGUUCGGAAGCCUGGUUCGAUUUAAUGCUGGUGUUGGGAAGGUGGUAGGUAUAACAGAAGGUGAAAGCAGUGGAGGCACUAAGAGAAGAAGCAAUAAGAAGAGAGACAAGUUCCUGUCAGAGGGUUUCAUGUUCACGCUCUAAUCCAUUCAAGCUGAUUGCAAUGGGAUGGUGAAGGUAGAUUGGUAUGCUGCUGUGGCUGCUUGUUGGUAAUGUUGCAUUUUGGAUGUCUGACCUGCUGGUUGUGGUCCGUAGAAACUAGCGGUUGCUUGUUUUUUGUUUGGUUUGUUUGUUUGUUUGUUUGCAAUGUAACAGUUCAGAUGUUGAAACUAUUAGUUUCUGUUUUUGGAACUAUUUUGUGGUUUGUAUUAAAUUCCUAUGUUGUUGUAAUGUAACAGUUCAGAUGUUAAAACUAUUAGUUUCUGUUUUUGGAACUAUUUUGUGGUUUGUAUUAAAUUCCUAGUUGUUUUUCUCGGUUUGAUAAGCA